AACAUGGCGCAGGCUAGCCGGCAUGGUAUCAACACAGUCUGCAUUGAAUUAACCAGUGGAGCUGUAACAGGGCCAUCAAUGGAGUUACUUCUGCCUACAAUAAUCAGUGAUACCUACGGAAUAGCCAAUGAGGAGAUUUGUGGACUUGCACUGAUCGGUGUGAGAGUGUCAGCAGCAGCAGUGUCAGCAGCAGCAGUAACGUCACUACCCAGCACACAGGAGAGGGUGGAGCUGGAGUUGACUGACGUGAGUGAUGAUAUAGUGAGUCAUGCAUGUGACCUGGCCCGGGAGCUACAACCACCAGGAGGGUACUGGAGGAUCGAGUGUGAGAGCAGCACAGUAACAGUGGUGGGCAUCCAAGACAUGAUCCAUCGCCUGCAUCACCACAGUGUUAAGAUGAAGACUGUGUUUGAAGUUAUCACCAGAGGCAGCAUCACACAAUACCAGUGGGACCAGCUGGUCACCCUGGCUAAGACAACACUCAACUGUCGCUUAUACUUGUGA